AUGGCGGCCAGAGUCUCCUCGCGCUUUCUCCUCCGCCACCUCCUCCGCCACCAUUUCACCUCCGCGAGCGAGAUAAUCACAGCACCAAAAUCCCAUCCCUUCGAGCAAACCGUCCUAAGCUCUCACCGAUCCCCAUCCUUCACGCACCACAACCACCAAUUCCUGCGCUUUCUCUCCACCCGAUCACCCCGCGCGGCCCGAUCCAAGCCCGACGUCGGCGCCCGCGCCCGCCAGAUGCAGACCCGCCGCCUCUGGACCUACGCCAUAACGUUCAGCUGCAUCGCGGGGUUCAUAGUCAUCGUCCUCAACCAGUUCCAGGACCAGCUGGUCUUCUACAUCACCCCUACCGACGCCCUGCAGAAGUACAAUUCCGACCCGACCAAGUCCAAAUUCCGUUUAGGCGGCCUUGUCCUCGAGAACAGCUAUAUCCAGGUUCCUGAUUCACCGGAAUCCCAAUUUGUAAUUACCGAUCUGAUUACGGACAUUUUGGUCAAAUACGACGGCAGCUUGCCGGAUCUGUUUCGCGAGGGGCACUCGGCAGUUGUGGAGGGCAGCAGCAAAUUUGGGGUAACAGAAAAGGCUAGGAGCUUAGAUUGCUAUUUUGCAGCGACUGAGGUUUUGGCGAAGCACGACGAGAAGUAUAUGCCUGCUGAGGUGGCGGCUGCAAUCGAGAAGAACAAGAAACUGCUUGAGGAGAAGGAGAAAAAUUCGGAGGAGGCUUUGGCUAAUGCUGGUUCAAGCAGUAGUCCCCCGGUUGCCAAGGCUUGA